AUGGAGCGCACAGGAAAGAUCUUUUUCUACGAGGACAAGAACUUCAAGGGUAAUCACUUUGAAUGCAGCAGUGACUGUCCGGAGCUCAGUUCUCACUUCCAGAGAUGUAACUCCAUCCGGGUGGAGGGCGGGGCCUGGGUCAUCUAUGAGAGGCCUCACUACACGGGCUACCAGUACGUCCUCAUGAGAGGAGAGUACCCAAACUACCAGACCUGGAACGGCUUCAGCGACACCAUCCGCUCCUGUCGACUCAUCAGAUAUUCCUCUAGCACGUACAGAAUGCGCAUCUAUGAACGUCCAGACUUCAGCGGCCAGAUGAUCGAGUUCAGCGAGGACCUGCCCAACCUGAUGGACCGCUGGCGUUACCGUGACGUCCAGUCGGCUCACGUCCAGGACGGCGUCUGGGUUUUCUAUGAGCAUCCAAACUACAGGGGGCGCCAGUAUCUGCUGGAGAAGGGCGAAUACAGACGGCACGCGGAUUGGGGCGCCCUGCAUGCGUCUGUGGGCUCGAUCAAACGUGUUGUGGACUGA